GGCAAGAUGGCGUCUGACGGUGAAGACGUUAUUGCAGUCGUCACAGUUCAUUGUUCUUAAUCUGUGCGUCCAUGUACACAUAUAUGUCCUUUAUUACACUCUAUUAAAUAGAGUAAUAAUAACUGUUUGUAUAUUAGUCUGAGCGCACUUUGAUGCUAGCUUAGCCUGCUAGUUAGCUUAGCUUGUUAGCUGCUAACAAAGAGAGGCGGAAGUGAUGAAAACACAUCGCUAAGCAGAGAUCAAGUGUGAGUGUAAAGUGUUGUGAUUGUGUGAAAAUGUGCGAAAGGACCAUAGCAGAGUACGAGGAGGAACUUUGUCCAACAAAAGAGGAGAAGGAGCGACAACAUCAAGUUGUGUUACACAGAACAGACGUCUGUGAAGAACAUCUUCUCUCUGAGCAACAGAAGUGGAGCUUCAGGAUGGACAAGGAGGAGCCACAGCCCUUCCACAUUAAGGAGGAAGAAGAGGCGCCACAUACAUUACAAUUGCAAAGGGAAGAAAAUAACCCAUUGAUCUCCCAUUUUAAAGAGGAAGAGGAGGAACACAGCGUCAGUCAGGAGGGAGAGCAUCUUGAAUGGUUGGAGGAGUCCCCAGUGAUUGGUGUCCCUGUGAAGAGUGAAGAUGAUGAGGUCAAAGGUGAAAGUGAGGAGAAGAGAGAGGCGGAGCCUCCAAGCAGCAGCUCAACACAACACAUGACAACAGAAGCUGAUGGAGACCACUGUGGAGGAUCACAAGCAGACAAGAUGUUAGCUCCACUAUCAGAUAGUGAGGACACAACGUCACACUCUCCUGACACUGAUGAUGAACACUCUAAAGAUGAUGCAACAUGUCACACUGACAACACUCACUUCACAUGUUCUCACUGUCACAAAACUUUUAAACACCAUCGUAGUCUGAAAAGACACAUGAGAACACACACUGGAGAAAAACCUUUUUCAUGUUCAAUCUGCGGUAAUUAUUUUACUCAUAAGCACGAUUUGAAAAUACACAUGAGAAUACACACUGGAGAAAAACCUUUUUCCUGUUCAGAAUGUGGUAAAAGUUUUGUAAGAAAUCAAAGUUUCAAAGCACACUUGAGAAUACACACUGGAGAAAAACCUUUUUCAUGUUCAAUCUGCGGUAAAGAUUUUACUCAUAGGCAACAUUUGAAAAUACACAUGAGAAUACACACUGGAGAAAACCCUUUUUCCUGCUCAGAAUGUGGUAAAAGUUUUGGAAGAAAUCAAAGUUUAAAAGAACACAUGAGAAUACACACUGGAGAAAAACCUUUUUUAUGUUCAAUUUGCGGUAAAGAUUUUACUCAUAGUCAACAUUUGAAACGACACAUGAGAACACACACUGGAGAAAAACCUUUUUCAUGUACAAUCUGCGGUAAAUAUUUUACGCAAAAGCACCAUUUCAAAGUACACAUGAGAACACACACUGGAGAACAACCUUUUUCAUGUUCAAUCUGCGGUAAAGAUUUUACUCGAAGGGACCAUUUCAAAAAACACAUGAGAACACACACUGGAGAACAACCUUUUUCCUGUUCAAUCUGCGGGAAAGAUUUUACUCAAAGGCACUAUUUGAAAAAACACAUGAGUACACACACUGGAGAAAAACCUUAUGUAUGUUCAGUAUGUUGUAAAAGUUUUAUACAAAGUCAGCAUUUGAAAAGACACAUGAGAACACACCCAGGUGAGAAAGUGUUGAGUUGCAGUGUGUGUGGUGAAAGAUUGUCUUCUAAGUACCAGUGUAAGAAACACAAGUGUGCUGGUGAGAACAGCAGCAGCAAAUGAAGAUGCAGGAUUUGAAAUAAACUGUCCAAACUUUAACUUUGACUUUGUAACAAGAUCAGCACAUAUAACAUGUGUGACAUCAUUGUUGUGUGUGUAACACAAUCUUGUUAUUAUAUUUCUAACAUUUAUAGAUUAGACUCUUCAGAUUAGUGCUUUUAUUUCAGUCAAGUACAUGAGUUAAUAUACACAUUUGUGUACUUUAAAAUGAACAGAACAAUUGGACUGAAAAGGUGAGAAUAAACAGUACAUAAAAUA